GUCAGCAGGACACGUCAGCAGGCCACAUCAGCCGACAAAGCAGGAAAUACCACGUCAGCAGGCCCCCGGCCUGGUAUAUGUUGUUGCGGUCACAAACAGCCGUCAUGGACCAGAGGUCCGGAGAAGCAGAUGAGGCCUAUCAGGCCCGGAUGCUGGCUUGGAGUACUGAAACAAAGAAACGGGCAGAUGACGCAGCAGCAACAGUGAAGAAGAAGGCAGAGGACGCUGAGCAGGCACGUCUGCUGGCACUUGAACAACAACGCCAGCAUGACGAGGCAGCAGCAAGGGCUGCCGAUGAAGAAAGAAACCAACGUCGUGAGAAGAUAUUUAGCGGAGAGCACACCUUGCUCACAAUGGCAGCGCCAUGGCGGACCGAGGCCGAGAAUGCCAAGUUGGAGGAUUGCGAAAACAAGAUCGCUCUCCUCCUCUCGCAUCUCACAGACCUCCUGGCAAACUGCAUUACACAGCAGGAGGAUAUCCACAGCCUCGACGACUCGCUAGCUCAAGUCCAAGGCCGCCUUCAGCAGCUGGAGCAGCAACCUGUCGCCGCCCCCGAUGCAAGCUCUUCCAAUACCUCCGAUCGCCUCGAAGCAUUGGAGAUGGACGUCGGCUCCCUCAAGGACGACGUGCAGUUACAGCAGACCGCAACGCAACAGUUGCAACAGCGGAUCUGUACUACCGCCAAUACCUCAAGUUCGAAACCGCGCGAGACAGCUCCAAAGUUUGACGGGCAGGAGAUCUUCUGCGACUCGACGAAGACAGAUCCGGUUCCAUGGUUCCGCAAGUUCGAGCUCACGCUGCAGCUACACAACGUCAAAGAACACAAACACCACGCAUACUUGUACUCUCGCUCAGGGGGCGCGUGCCAGGCUUGGUUGGACAACCUCUUGUCCAAGUACGGAGUGGUAGCUAACAACUUGCACACCAAGAUCAGUUGGGAUGAUCUGAAGGCGGCGUGGCACAAGCGGUUCCAAGUCGAGGCGCCCGAGAUCAAGGCUAUGGACAAGCUCAUGGUCUUCGAGCAAGGCACGCUGCCAAGUACCGACUGGAUCGCUGAGUACCAACGCUUGACGUCAGUCCCAGACAUCCAGAUGGGCUUCAAAGCCAUCCGCCACUAUUUCAUCUCAAGGUCAUGUCCGACAUUAAGCAAUGCCCUGACGCACGUCGAGGACACCUUGAUGACAAUGGCGGAACUGUUUGACAAGACCGCGCAGAUCAUCAUUACGAACAAGGAGGCGAAGAAUUUGCGUUCGUCUGCGGCAGGCCCGAGCAGGGACCAGCAUCGGCCAAGAGUGGCGUGGUCGCAGCGGCAACGCCGUUGGACCAAACCAGCGAGGCCGUGUCUGCCCAUGAAGGAGACAGACUCGCAGCCGCCCGAGAAGGUGGCCGCCCCGGCAGAGGCCGAGGACGCGGCAAGACGAAGACACACACCGCAUCUAGCCCCGGGCCCGGCGCAGCAGCUCCAGCCCCUUGGUCCCAGUACGGCAUCUCCGAGCAAGCCUUCAAGGCGCGCACGAGAUUCCACUAUUGCCUAUGCCGGUCAUUGGAGGAUCAUCUUGGGCAUCUUCGACGAGUGUUGGAGACGCUCCGCCGUGCCAAGUACAAGGCCAACCGCGACAAGUGCGAAUUUGUCCGGCAAGAGCUGGAAUACUUGGGCCAUUUUGUCACACCGGAGGGCAUCAGUCCGCUAUCGGACAAGAUUCAAGUCAUCCAAGAGUGGUCGGAGCCUCGGAACGUCACGGAUGUCCGCUCGUUCAUUGGUCUCGCCGGCUACUAUCAGCGUUUCAUCAAAGGCUAUUCGAAGAUCGCGGCCCACUUGCCCAAGCUUCAAUGCGAGGAUCGACCGUUUGACUUCGGAGAGGAGGCGCAGGAAUCAUUUUUGGCUCUCAAAGCCGCGCUAUUGUCCGCGGAGGUCUUGCGGAUAUACGACCCGCUUUUGCCUCGAGCAACAUGAUGGUAUGGACUGGCACCCGAUCGAGUAUUUCAGCAAGAAAGUGCCCGUCGUGCAUUCCAUUGACGAUGCACGCAAGAAGGAGCUCCUCGCCUUCGUCCACGCGCUCAAGCGGUGGCAACACUUCCUCCUUGGUCGAAGCCAAUUUCGAUGGGUAACAGACAACAAUCCGUUGGUCUUUUACAAGACCCAAGACACCGUCAACAUCACCAUCGCUCGAUGGAUGGCUUUCAUCAACCAAUUCGACUUCUUUUCCGAUCACAUUCCCGGGAAGUCGAACCGUUUUGUGGAUGCUCUUUCACGGCGUCCGGAUCUUUGUACCGCGGUCUACUCAACCUUUGAGAUCGACGAUGACCUGCGGAACAGCAUCCGCGGCUACCAAGCCGACCCUGAGUUUCACGACAAGUACAUGAAUUGCUCCUCUCAUAAUUCGGUGCCUUCUCACUACCGGAUCCAAGAGGGGUACUUGCUUGUCCACACGCAGGGGAAGGACCUUCUUUGCGUACCGAGUGAUCCUCACUUGCGUACACGGCUUCUUGGCGAGUUCCAUGAUCCUCCUGCCACCGGACACUUUGGAGUCAAUCGCACGAUUGGCCGACUUCGCCAGCGAUUUUGGUGGCCCGACCUUCUCCGCGACGUCACGCGCUAUUGCGAGUCAUGCGAGGUUUGCCGACGUUGCAAAUCCCGCAACCAUCGUCCGUACGGCGAGUUACGACCAUUGCCAGUCCCGUUGAGGCGAAGGGAAGCGAUUGCCAUGGACAUUACCGGCCCGUUCCCCRAGCACAAGACCGGAGUGGAUGGGAUUCUCACGGUGGUCGACCGACUCACCAAGUUCGCCAUGUUCUUGCCUUGUUGCUAUCAUGCCAAGGCAUCGGAGUUGGCCGAGGUUCUUUACGCCGGUUGGAUUCGAACCAAGGGUUACCCCAAGGAGAUCGUCUGCGACCGCGACACCCGGUUCAUGUCCGAUUUUUGGUUGGCGCUCAUCAAGCGAUGGGGCUCAUCUCUCAAGCCCAGUUCAGCUCUCCACCCUCAGACCGAUGGCCAAACAGAGAAGGCGCACCAGACCGCACAGGUUCUCCUUCGCACUCUCAUUCGUCCGGACCAGAAGGACAGGGUUGAGCGGCUGCUGGAUGUCGAGUUGGCCUACAACUCCUCUAUCCACCCGGCUAUCAGGAUAUCGCCCUUUGAGUUCGAGCACGGCUCGCCGGUCACUUCACCGUUGGACACUAUCACUCCACGGACGACCGAGAGCGACAACCAUCUUCUUUUCUUGCGUCGGAUGCAAGAGCUUCUUGUCAAGGCACGCAAUCAGAUGGCUAAGACGCAGCAACGCAUGAGCCAGCAGGCCAAUCGCCAGCGUCUUCCUUGCCCAUUCCGCGCAGGGGCCCUCGUUUGGGUUUCCGCAGCGGAAUUCAGCCUUGAACAAGACAUCUCUCGCAAGCUCCUCCCGAAAUGGAUGGGGCCUUGGCCGAUCGUAGCACCCGCUGGGGACGCACCCGAGGGACCUUCCUUCACGAUUCAGGUGCCCGGCCACCUUCCCAUCUACCCAGUCUUUCAUUGCUCCAAGUUGGCUCUUUACACGCCAGCGGAACAUGACGAUUUUUCCGGGAGACGUUCGCAAGACCCACCUUCCAUGGACGGUUUUCAGGAGGUCGGCGACAUCAUCUCCCAGCAACGCUACGGCAACAGGCCAACCGAGUAUUUAACAGUAGAUGGGAUAAUGAGAGCGCAUUGGAAAGGAGCAAGUGAAAUUAUUCUCGCUCAGUGUGACCGGACCGUCAACCAUUCGGGGAAGGUUGUGCAGUUGACGCCAGCCAUGUUUUCGGAACUUCAGGGUACCAUCGACACCUUUGCGGCCAAUGCGUUGCGAACACUCAGCCUGAGUUAUAGAGACGUCCUCUCUUCAGAAUGGAAUGAAGGAUCAACGGAUAUUCCAGACCGAGGACUCAUACUACUUGCUAUCGUGGGAAUUAAGGAUCCUUGCAGGCCUGGUGUACCGGAAUCUGUGCAUGCAUGCCAGAAGGCUGGAAUAGUGGUGCGAAUGGUCACAGGCGACAACAUCAUGACAGCAAAGGCAAUUGCAAGGGAGUGUGGGAUCCUUGAUGAACGCGGUGUGGCAAUUGAGGGGAAGCAGUUUCGUUCGCUGACACCUGAAGAACAGAUUGCCAUCAUUCCUAAGCUUCAGGUCAUGGCGAGAUCCUCCCCAACUGACAAACACUUACUGGUGAAGCGGCUCCUCGAGAUGGGUGAAGUUGUUGCGGUGACAGGGGAUGGCACCAAUGAUGCACCUGCGCUUCAUGAGGCAUCAAUUGGGUUGGCAAUGGGCAUCUCUGGAACUGAGGUGGCAAAGGAGAGUUCGGACGUUGUCAUUCUUGAUGACAACUUCUCAUCUAUAACAAAGGCGCUCUACCUGGAGAUCGACGUUACCGAUCUCACGUUUUGGGACCCGAUUGCGAGGCAAGACGCGGCGCAGGACGAGGAGAUAGGGGGAGCAGACGAAGAGGAGGAGGAGGUGGAACCAGAGGAAGAAGAAGAAGGAAACGAGCAAGCGGAGUCGGAGUACGAAGGAUUCGAGGCUGAAGUGCACGACGCGGCUCGAGAAAGAGCGCAAGAGCACAGAAAACGAAGGCGCCAGGAGACCGCGGAGGGAAAACGACCCGCGACAAACGAUCCAUCGAUCGGGGACCCGUGGCAUGAUUCGGAGCCACCAGAAGAAGAGGACGAUGGAACCGCAGUAGAGGGAUCACGAAGCAGAAAAAGAAUAAGUGAAUCGCCAGUUCCCUCCGGCUCCCCGCAGAUGAUGAUUGUAGCGGACCCACCAGGCCAACCAGAGGUCCGCUACAAUGAUGGGGAGGAAGAUCCAGAGGAGCGUGGCGGAGCGGAGGCAGGAAUGUCGGAGUGGGAGGAGAAGGAGGCAAUGAUUCAGAGGAGGAGGAUGACGGAGAAGGAGGACCUAGAGGAUGAUGACGGGAAGGAGGAUCUGGAGGACGGUGGCGGAGAAGAGGAUGGGGGUGGGAGGAGGUCGAUGACGGGGAGGAGGAGGAGGAUGACGGGGAGGCGGGAGGGGAAGGUAGCCGAAGAGGAGCAUGGCAGAGGAGAAGAGUGGGAGAAGGAUCUGGAGGAUGAUGACGGGAAAGAGGAUCUGGAGUACGAUGGUUGGGAAGAGGAUCAGGGCGAAGAACAACAGCGGAUGUACGUGAAGGGGGAAGGAGGAAGGAAGAAGAAGGUGGCUCUCAGCUGGACAGACCAGAAGGGGAGAAGGGGAGGGGGGGCGGAGCACGAUGACAUGCAGGAGGAUAUGGAGGACGAUGCCGAGGAGAAGGAGGAGGAUGGGAAGCAGGAUGCCGAGGCCGAUGACAGGGAGGAGGAGGAGGAUCACGGGGGGGGGAGAGGAAGGGGAGGAGCGUGGCGGAGUGGAGGCGGGGAUCGGGAGGGGAAGGAAGUGAGUGAACGGAGGUGCGAGGAAUGCAGUGGUGUAAUUGAGAACUGGUCUACGAAUGAUGGAGGGAGUUCCGUCAAGAUGGAGGCAGCGGGGAAGAAGAGGGCUGAGCAAGAGAAGAAGCGGCAGGAAGAGGAGAGACAGAAGAUGGAGGAAGCGAAACAGAGGGAGGAAACAGAAAGAUGGCGGGCGCAAGCAAUUAUGGAAGUGACAGUUGCGCAAGAUUUCACUAAACAGAUGGCGGUGCUGGAGGACAAAAUCAAAGGUCACGUGCAUUCGACACUCACAGCGUCAGAAGAGAAGAAUGCAUGGCUGCAUGAUAGCCUGCUGAGGUUCCUGGAAUGUAACGAGAGGGACGUACCGAGAAGGCCCAGAACUGAAAUGUACCCGAACCCGAAGAGGAGGCUCGAAAUGGACGAGUCUGAGCGAGAAGUAGUGGUCGUAGAAAGGAGUGCAGCUACGCCCACCAGGAGGCGAAUGCUGGUCACGAGGAAAGGAAAGGAACAAGCAAACGCAGAGGCGAGGAAGAAAGGAGCAGUGACCUCGUGCUCGAAGCAAGGAGUGAUUGAGUUUGUCCUCGAGUUGCGAGAGAGUAUGCAAGCAAAACAAGCACCGAAACUUAACGAGGAUCGACUGUCGAGGGUGGAUGGACAUGUGAUGGCUCGUAUUGCGCAGUGCUCAGAGGUUCCACUGUUCCUGCACAACGGGAAGAAUGUACUGCAAAGUGAUCUGGGCACGAGACCGGCAAAAGUACAACAAGCGGUCGUGAAAUCCCUGGAAGCAGUCAUGAGGAGAGAUUUGUAUCAGGUAGAGGCAUUGAGCAAUUUUCCGGAGAUCAUCUCAGACCGUACUAAAGCUAGGCCAGCAUGCUUAGAGGAACAAGCGAAGGAGAUAGCGGCGAAGGUUGUGAGGUGGGGACGUUCUGUCUACUUCAAUAUUCAGAAGUUCCUUCAGUUUCAGCUGACAGUCAACGUCGUUGCUCUUGGAGUAAAUUUUGUUGCUUCGCUGAUUGAUGGCGACACCCCGUUGACACCUGUUCAGGCCAGCGAGCCUUGGGCUGACUAUCGUGGGCGGCUACAGGCAUUUACAGACGCCGUAGCCGCCGCCGAGGCUCAGCAGGCUGCGGCAGAGGCAGAACGUCAGCGGCUGGCCAAUGAGGUGGCAGCCGAAGCUCAGCGGACAGCUGAGACUGACGAAGCGGCACGAAACAAACGGAAUGCCGCCAGCACGGAGUCCCUGAUUGCGAGUGAGCAUCAGUGGACAACGGUACUCCAAGGCAUGAUCUUUGUGCCUACGGAAACGCAGGCGGAGGCAGAGAGAAGUAACCUGGCUACUGUGAUGUUGAACGUAACGAGGGGAGUAAUGUGGAACAACAAACUACUGCAGGCACACCUGGACGUGGAACGACAACAAAAACAGCAGUACCAGCAAGACCUGGCCGCUGUAACGGCCGGCGUCCGCGACGCAGCAAUGCAGCAACAGCAACAGCAACAGCAACAGCUGAUGAACUCUACCAUCGCACGCAUCAACGGCAUUGAGGCCAAGGCCUCAGCAGCGCCAGGCUGCACGACGGACGCGACGAAGCAAAUCAAUGAACGCAUCGAUCAUGUCGUCACCAUCAUCGGCGACAUAGGUGUUUUCAACGGACCGGACACGAUCAGCAGCACGGUGGCCGCCAUCAAGACGGACAUCACCAAGCUACAGACGAGACCGGACGCCGCUACAAAGACGUUCAAGAUGCCGCACUUCGACAUCUGCAAGUUCGACGACUACAACAAGUCGGACGCUUUGACAUGGUGGCAACGUUUCCUCACGGAAGCGUCAUGCCGCACUGUCCCGGCGAACGACAUGUUGAAGGCACUCUACUUGCAACUGAUUGGAGGAGCGCAGGCAUGGAUGAACCACCUGGCGGCCACCCACAAGUGCACCAUCGCCGAACUCCACACGCACAUCACGUGGAAGGAGUUCGAGCAGCUAUGGUUCACCCGGUUCAUGGUCCGCAACGUCGUGAAGGCGGCCAUGAAUGAGGUGUACACAUGCUCUCAGGGGAACAUGCCAACUCGAGACUGGGCAACGAAGUGGCAAAAGAUAGUGACCACACCAGGCUUCGACUUGACGUUUCCAAAUCAACGAUCCGAGUUCUUCUCGCGAUCAUGCACGGGAUUGCGGUCGGCACUCGGUAAUGAGUACGACUAUACCACAUUCCAGGGCAUUCUGGAUCGAGCGAACUUGGUCAUCCAAACGGAYGACAAGGCCGCUAACGAGAGACAAUCCCAGCCGCAUUAUGUGGCUAAGCAGGCCUAUCAACGUCCAGCACAUAACAAUGCCGUGAUUUCUGAGGAAGCCGACGACCACCACGCUGCAGCAGCAUCCUCGGGAGGUGGAGGAAUUGUCGCAGCGCUCCCGCCGAAGCGUCCCAAGAGAGUUCGUAAGAACAAGGCGACACAAGAGACGGCAGCAACGGGAGAUGGGCAGCCAUGGACGGCAUAUAAGAUCACCAAGGAGGUCUAUGACCUACGUCAGAAGUACGGAUACUGCCUUUGGUGCAACGGAGUCACCCAUUUGUUGUGGGUGAAUCUGAUCAUGGACACUUUAGGUGCACUUGCUCUUGCUACUGAGCCACCACUAGAUAGGCUCAUGCUGUCGCCUCCAAUUGGCCUCAAGGCCCCAUUGAUUACAAACAUGAUGUGGAGGAACUUGGGUAUACAGAGUGCAUACCAAUUUAUCGCCCUCUUCACAUUGCAGUUCCGUGGUAAAGACUUCUUGGAUCUGGGGCAAAUGCAGCGCCUGAGUCGACUUGUGGAGUCGACAUGUGCCAACAAACAACGCAUGGUAGUCAACGACUACCUCCAGGAUGUUGAGUGUUGUUUCCCGUACAUGGGAGGGGAACUGAGACAUCGCGUCUCGUUCCUAGUGAGCGAUGAUCUCUCUAUGGAUAUCUUGUUAGGUAUGCACCUCUUCGUUGCACAGCCCCAGUUUGACUGGGACCAAAAAGUGGUCAAACACACUUUGCCAGGUGGGGGGACCGCCAAAUUACGUAAGUUUAAGGCUGGUAGUCUCAUCGAGUCCCACGGAUGCAUAUGUGCGGCCGCGUUCUAUAAUUAUUACAAGCAGAAUCCGGAGGAGGGUAUGUAUCUAGUAUAUAUCUCUGCAGCAGGUGAGCCGGUGAAAAUGGCGCCGGAGAUAGAGGGAGUAGUUGCCAAGGACCCUGAUCUAUUUGAAGAGCCUACAGGGGUUGUUGAGAGGGAGGUCGUCCACGCGAUAGAGAUUAUCCUAAGGUCUAGUAUCAUGAAGGGUAGGAUCGAUAGGACGUCUCCAGGCGAGCUUGAUGAGCUUCGCCGACAACUCAAGGAACUCGUAGAGAAGGGUUGGAUCCGGCCGAGUGUUUCUUCUUAUGGAUCUCCAGUCCUAUUCGUACCGAAGAAGGGGGGAACACUGAGGAUGUGCAUUGACUAUAGGGGCCGCAAUGCCAUCACUGUCAAGAACAGAGAGCCCCUACUACGCAUCGACGACUUGCUAGAUAGAGUGCAAGGGUGUCGAUACUUCAGUAAGAUAGAUCUGAAGUCCGGGUACCAUCAGAUUGCAAUCCGGCCCGAGGAUCAACACAAAACCGCAUUUCAGACCAGGUACGGUCUGUACGAGUUUGUGGUGAUGCCUUUCAGCCUUUGCAAUGCUUCUGGCACCUUUCAGCACGCUAUGAAUCGGAUAUUUAAUGACUACUUGGAUGAGUUUGUCAUCGUGUACCUUGAUGACAUACUUAUUUUUAGUAGGACUGUCGAGGAGCAUGUAGCGCACUUAGACAAAGUCCUUUAUCUCCUUCGACAACACAAGUUCAAGGUAAACGGGGGGAAUUGUGAGUUUGGCAGCACCCGUAUCUUGUACUUGGGUCAUGAGAUUUCCAUGGAGGGUUUAAAGCCCGAUGACGCGAAGGUGGCCAACAUUCAUCCUGACAAGCCGUUCAUAGUAACCACGGAUGCCAGCCAAUAUGGCAUUGGUGCUGUGCUCGCGCAGCAGGAGGGGCCAAAGUUGAGGCUUGUCGAGUACAUGUCCAAAAAGAUGUCGUCUCAUAAGUUGGCUAGGUCCACCUAUGAGAAGGAACUCUACGCGAUCUACAAGGCACUAACCCAUUGGAGACAUUACCUCCUUGGGAGGUUAUUCAUCAUCCGGACUGAUCAUCAGACCUUGAAGUGGAUGAGAACUCAGCCUGUGCUCUCUGAUGCCUUGAAGCGUUGGAUCAAAGUCAUUGAACAGUAUGACUUCGAACCCCAGUAUCUGAAGGGGGAGUACAACAAAGUUGUUGAUGCCUUAUCACGUAGGCCUGACUUCUCUGGUGCGCUGAUCACUGAGUUCGAGCUUGCGGACGAUGUCACUCGAGCUAUGGUGGAAGCCUAUCGCGAGGAUCCGUUUAUGUCUGAGAUCAUUCGUAGACUCGAGGCUAAGGACAAAGUGACUUCUGCCGAGUUUGAGUUGGUCAACGACUUGCUGUUCCUUGAGAAGGCUGGGAAUAAGCAUUUGUGUGUGCCUAAUAGGGAGUCUUUGCGCAAUUUAUUUUUAGGAGAGUGUCAUGACGCCACCGACCAUUUUGGUUUCAAGAAGACUGCAGCCAAUUUGUUGCAGCGGUUCUUGUGGCCCACGAUGAUGAGAGACGCAAAGCUGUAUGUAGAGACUUGUCAGGUCUGUCAGAGGGACAAGCCACGUACACAGGCUCCUCUUGGGCUACUAAAGCCACUUCCGAUUCUGGAAAGGCCUGGUGAGAGCCUGUCCAUGGACUUCAUGGAUACGCUGGUCACCAGCAAGAGUGGUAUGCGCUACGUCUAUGUCAUUGUGGAUAGGUUUAGUAAGUACGCUAGGCUAGUCGCAAUGCCUGCAACAGCUAAAACUGAGUUUGUGAUGAAACUGUUCAAAGAGAACUGGGUCAGAGAUUUCAGACUGCCUAAGUCUAUAGUUAGUGACCGGGAUGUGCGAUUCACCAGUGAACUGUGGAAAGCUGCAGCUGCAGAACAGGGCACGCAGUUGCAAAUGACAUCAUGUAAUCGCCCAGAGGCGAAUGUGCAGGCAGAGCAGUUGAACCGCUCUGUACAACACCUGCUGAGGCAUUACAUCAAGCCAAAUCAGGUAGAUUGGGAUGAGAAACUUGCUCUCAUCGCCAGCCUAUACAAAAACGCUGUGCACAGCGCUACGGGAGUAAGCCCGAACAGCUUGCUACUGACAUUCAAGCCUAGACUGCCUUUGGACUUCCUACUACCUGAGAAUCAGCCAUCUGCUGCACCAGGAACCUUAGAGUUUGCUUAUCGAUAUGAGCGCCUGAUGCAGCAGGCUGUUGAGCAGAUGCAUAAAGCACAGGCGGCGAUGAUAGAGUCAGAGAACAAACACCACCGCCCAUCUACAUUCCAGGUAGGAGAAAGAGUUUGGGUUAAGUCUGGGACAGGAGCACAGGAUCUCCCGCAAGCUCAUGCCACAGUACUUUGGGCCAUGGGAGUGCUGAACGAGCUGACGGAAUUGUGGUGUGCAUGCAACUGGUGCAAUCAGCCGACUGAAGUGAGGACGUCCAAGAAGCGACUGAAGGCGAACAAACUAGACAUCAAUUUAAUAACUAUGAUAUUCAACAGCUUUGUGUUUUGCCAAAUUUUCAACUUGAUAAAUAUGAGAAGGCCGGAGGAUUUUGAUGUGUUCUCAGACUUAGUGUCCAACAGGAUGUUCAUGGGGAUACUUUUUACAACGGCCGCCAUUCAGGCGAUAGUGGUGGAGUUCCUUGGCGACUUCGCCACCACAACGCAUCUCAGAUGGGAUAAUUGGCUUAUCUGCAUUGCCAUUGGAUUUGUCAGCCUGCCACUUGGGUUGAUUGGCAAAACAAUCCCUGUUCCAAAGAAGCCAUUCUUCGAGGGUUGGUGGCAACGGAAUCAGCAGGCCCGAAAAUUCGCUCGAAGUCGAAGCGAAACUCUUAUGCGCGGAAACACACUGAUGCCUGAAAUGCCCCUGUCCAGAGUGAAGACGUCUGCUGGAGGUGUAACAACAGGGUAUAUCUCAAAGUCCUUCAUAAAAGUUGGGAGCCAGAGGUUUCCUGGAUUUGAUCAUGUUCCAAAGGUUGGAACCUCUGUCCAUAGAAGAAGUCCUGAGCCAUACCAACUGCUUGACCACCAACCUCCCACUCAUUCUCGAAGCUCAACGCCUCUCCCUCCUCACAAUGAUCGUGACGCACCGACCUUCCUUCAUCACUCUCUUGAUGAUGCAGCCAGACCGACGUCCUCUUCACAUGGCGAGCACACCAAACUUGCGCAAACGCAACCUCCAUUGCGUCCACACACUGCAGCUUCUCUCCCAGCUGGCAAACACUGGAACGAGUCUCAACCCCAGGGAAAUCUGACCAGGCCAGGGAUUAGCGAAUCACACGAACAUGUUCCCGGAAAACAGGACUCAAGUAAGCUUGCAUGGUGAAGUAACCACUGACUGAUACUAAUGGGAAAAGUCCGGAGAAGUCCCAUCGC